AGCAUGGCCCUGCCAUGGGUCUGAAACACACAGCUCUGCGCUCCGGGCUCUGAUCUGCUGCACGGCUGAUGUGUCUGUUUCUCCUCAGGCAGAAAACUGAAAAUCUGAGGAAAACUGAGAUUUUAGCGAGACUUUUAGCCAGAGAUUCUAGAGUAUGUGGCGGGGGGCAUCUUAUAUCGAGGUUGCCUGCUUCCUUAGAGGGAAGAGCGAUGAAAGAACGACACUAUUCCCGUUCACUUCUCCUAUGAGAAAAAGCUGGAUUUAUUUAUUUAUUUUUCCCAUUUAAAUCGAAUGAACUCCCCCCACCCCCCCCCCGACAGAGGCAUGGGCUGAGCGCAGCCUGAACCCACACCAACACCAUUUUCCUUGAGGGUGGGGGGCCAGGAGAGAAACCCCCCCACACACACCCCAUAGCGAUGCACCUCGGGAGGAAUCGCCUCGCCUCACGAUCGCCUCAUAACGCGGCCGCCACAGCCAUCACCCGGCUGCUGCGGGGCCGCCAUGGCGGGCGAGCGCUGAGGGGAAGAAGGCGGUGGCCGCCAUCUUGUCGGGGGCGGAGCGGGGCCCGGCCCGCCCCGUGCUCUGCCUGCCGGGGCGGCCCCGGCCCCGCUGUACUCCCCGCUGCCGACCGUGGGGCGCGGAGUGUGGUGUGGAGGAGUCGCUGCUGCCGCCGACGGUACAGCUUCCAGCGCCAUUGCCGUCCGCUAUGGCAGAGCCGUCAGCUGGAAAACGGGGUGAAGCAACGCAGGUUAAUUCCCCCCACCCUACCCCGGAUUCCCCCCACCGCCGUCUGUCUGAUCCCGUUCUCAUGAUGAGCUUUGAGGGCUUUAUUUUAUCACUAUUAUUGUUUUAAAUUGUUGGGGCUUGUGGGCUGUGUGUUGUUUCCUGUGCAGCUCGAGGCAUGUCAUAUUUCUAUUAUCUAUUCCUGUUUCUGUCGGUGAGCCCCGCUCAGCAUCGUGCACAGUUCCCUUUUGUUUUAAAGGUGUGUUUUGGUGGAGCCCAGUGAUGCAGGCAGUACAGAAUGCCCUAACAAAAAACCUUACUGAGAACCUCUGAUUGGGUUUCAUUACCUAACCGGUAAUGCCUCAAUACCUGCAUUGUGCCUUUCUGUCGUUAGUGGGUUUGUCAUAAAGGAUGAGCGUGUAGGCAGAGAGAUUCCUGUCCCUUCAUUUUGAAGCAUCGUUGUCAUUUUGUAGGCUCUGAGGACAGGCACUGAGCUCAGCUUUGGGGGUCUGCUCUUCCCAUGCCCCAGCUUUGGGGUCUGCUCUUCCCAUCUCCCCUCUGUAGAUGGGUGUGUGGGGCUGAACCCAAAAGGGAGCCAGCUGCCGCCACAGCCCGUAGAAGAUUCUGGCAGGAAAGAGAAAAAUACCCAGAUUUAUUUAAGACAAGGUGAAGAUCUUCUGUGGUCAUUUUGGCCAUCUUACUGCCUGCUCAUACCUUUCUGUAUGAGUUCAGUGCCAGGUAAAUGUGAGGCUUGCUGUUGAACUUGACCACCUAAAUUAGAAAUAAUGCUCUGUUGUCAUAGGGAGCUUAACACAUCUGUAUAUCCCCCCUGCCUCAUGGUGUUGCCUUACUUGAGUGAGUUUAAAAUUACCCAGUUUAAGCUUAAAAUAGGAGCUGUUUUGGAUAGUGGUUUUGUUGGCACCUGGAGUUUGAUGCAGGCUGGAAAACCAAGUAGAGAAGCAGAACAAAUGCUGGAGCAGUCUGUUGGAGUGCUGCGCCCUGCCAGAGCAAGACACUUGCACUGCACACCUUGAUCUGCUGGGUGAUUUCAUUAGAGCUAGGUUUAGGUUUGGUGCAUGUUUUCUCAAAGGCAUCGGCCCUCACACUGAGUAGAUGCAAAGAGCUGGAUGGAAAUGGUGUUCUCUCAACGCCUCUUCGAUGCAGAAACAAACGAGGAGAAGCAGCUUUUCACAUGGCAGGAUAAUUUGGGCUGCAGACUGUUGAUGCAAGAAUUUUAUCUUCCGUACUUGAAGCCAACAGGGAGUUGAAUUCCAGUAGAGCAAUAAGAGUCGUGUUUUUGUUGGUGUUGCUGGGCUGGAGACUGUUUUCUUCGGAAGGAGUUCAAGAUACUGGUAGUAUUUGAGGAGGUGCUAACGGUACUUAAAGAAAACGACCUGAAUAUUCCAGCUGGAUUGCUGAAGACUUCUGUGAUUCCUGGAGCUGCUGCUGUUUAAAUAAGAACCUGUCCUGGUGGUACCUGGCCUUCAACCCAGAAGCAUUCCCUUGGGUCCUGUAUGCAAGUCCAUGACGUACUGGAAACGAUGGGGAUUGGCAAGAAUACCACUUCGAAAUCAGUGGAGGCAGGAGGCUCAACAGAAGGCAAAUAUGAGGAUGAAUCCAAGCAUCCCACCUUUUUCACUCUGCCUGUUGUGAUUAAUGGUGGAGCGACAUCGAGUGGUGAUCAGGAUACAGAAGACACGGAGCUGAUGGCCAUCUAUACUACAGAAAAUGGCAUAGCAGAGAAGAGUUCUUUGGCAGAGACGCUGGACAGCACUGGCAGUUUAGAUGCUCAGAGGACUGAUAUGAUUUACACUAUCGAAGAUGUUCCUCCGUGGUAUCUCUGCAUAUUUUUGGGGUUACAGCACUAUUUAACGUGUUUCAGUGGAACUAUAGCAGUUCCCUUUUUGCUAGCUGAUGCCAUGUGUGUUGGAUUUGACCAGUGGGCCACCAGCCAGUUGAUUGGGACCAUUUUCUUCUGUGUGGGCAUCACUACAUUGUUACAAACAACUUUUGGGUGCAGGUUACCCUUGUUCCAGGCGAGUGCUUUUGCAUUCUUAGCACCUGCUAGAGCAAUACUCUCCCUGGAGAAGUGGAAAUGUAAUAAUACAGAUAUAACAGUUACAAAUGGAACAACAGAACUGCUUCACACUGAGCACAUCUGGUAUCCCAGAAUACGAGAGAUCCAAGGUGCUAUUAUCAUGUCCUCCCUGAUAGAAGUGGUGAUUGGUUUGCUUGGCCUUCCUGGCGCCCUGCUGCGAUACAUUGGACCUCUGACCAUCACUCCAACUGUUGCUCUCAUCGGCCUCUCCGGUUUCCAAGCAGCUGGAGAAAGGGCAGGCAAACACUGGGGUAUCGCUAUGUUGACAAUUUUCCUCGUGUUGCUGUUUUCUCAGUAUGCCAGAAACGUCAAAUUUCCUUUACCCAUUUACAAAUCAAAAAAAGGAUGGACAGCAUAUAGGCUGCAGCUUUUUAAGAUGUUCCCUAUAAUUUUAGCUAUUUUGGUGUCGUGGUUGCUUUGCUUCAUCUUCACCGUGACAGAUGUCUUUCCCCCCGACAGUUCCAAGUACGGCUUCUAUGCUCGCACGGAUGCCCGACGAGGGGUGCUCUUGGUAGCUCCAUGGUUCAAGGUUCCUUAUCCUUUUCAGUGGGGACUGCCGACAAUCUCAGCUGCUGGAGUUAUAGGAAUGCUUAGCGCGGUUGUUGCCAGCAUUAUUGAAUCAAUAGGAGAUUACUAUGCCUGUGCCAGGUUGUCCUGUGCUCCUCCUCCUCCUAUCCAUGCGAUAAACAGAGGAAUUUUUAUUGAGGGUCUCUCCUGUGUUUUGGAUGGAGUAUUUGGGACAGGGAAUGGAUCCACUUCUUCAAGCCCUAACAUUGGCGUGUUGGGCAUCACGAAGGUUGGAAGCCGCAGGGUUAUUCAAUAUGGGGCAGCCUUCAUGCUCUUGCUUGGGAUGGUUGGCAAGUUCAGUGCUCUGUUUGCAUCGCUGCCUGACCCCGUGCUUGGUGCCCUCUUCUGCACUCUCUUUGGGAUGAUUACAGCUGUGGGUCUGUCUAACCUCCAGUUCAUAGAUUUAAAUUCUUCUCGCAACCUGUUUGUACUUGGAUUUUCCAUUUUCUUUGGACUUGUCCUUCCAAGCUAUCUCAAACAAAAUCCACUGGUGACAGGAAUAGCAGGCAUCGAUCAAGUAUUGAAUGUUCUUCUCACUACAGCCAUGUUUGUUGGUGGUUGUGUUGCAUUUAUUUUGGACAAUACCAUUCCAGGAAGCCCCGAAGAAAGGGGAAUACGGAAAUGGAAGAAAGGGGUUGGUAAAGGAAGCAAGUCACUGGAAGGCAUGGAAACAUAUGAUUUGCCUUUUGGCAUGAACUUCAUCAAAAAAUACAGAUGUUUCAGCUUCCUGCCCAUCAGCCCUACCUUCAUGGGUUACACGUGGAAAGGCUUCAGGAAAAGCAGUAACUGCAGGAGUUCAGAUGAAGACUCAGAAGCUACAGUAUAGCCUUAGUUUCAACUAUAUUAUCUAGUUGUAGUAAAAGAUGUAUUUGCAGUUUCUUGCUGAUUAAGAAGCAUUAAAAUAUAUGUUUUGUAUAUCUGCAUUUAAAUUCUGGAACCAGAGCUGAGACGGAUUUAAAAAAAAAAAAAAAGAAAAGAAAAAAGAAAAAAGAAAAAAGCUUUCCUGUUGUGGGUGGUGGUAGCCAGAUCUAGUGUCUCUGUUGGAUUUCUUUUUUUUUCUCUUUUUGUCAAAGCCUAUAGAUAACCUGCGUACCCAAGACUGCUUAUUUUAAGUGGGGCUUACGUUCCUGAGCUAGGUAGGUGCUGUUGAGAGUGUUAUUUUUUAUGGUGAUUUUAAUUUAAGUCAUUGAUGCUGGCGUUUUUGGCUCACUCAUUGCUGGCAAUGUUAGUCAUGCCAGAAAACUUGAAUCCUGUGAAAAGGAAAAAAUAAUAAUUCUAAUUAUGCCUAAUCACCUAUAUAUAUAUAGUGUUUCUGACCACUGAUUUGCACAUUCCAUAGUUUCAGAUCCCUGGAAACCAGACUUGGUUUGUACUGGCAAAUCCUGAGAGUGUUUUUCAGAUUGCUGGAUAGUUCAGUCAGAUGCCCAGUGUUAAGACAGAAGUUUCCAUAAGAACUUUGCCUGUGAAAGCUCUGAACGACUUCUGUUGGCUUCUUGCUUUAGAAAGAAUCGCUCCUGUCCUAUCAGUUUGCAUUUUUACACUUCUUCUGCCUGGCUUUUAACCACCUAACUGCUGUCCAGGUGGAGGUUUUCUUUAAAGGGAUGUGUGUAGCUUGAGUUUUAUAGAGAUGGGAGAUGUAACUUCCAGCUGGGACCUGAUAACAGUUCUGACAGUGAAAUGAAUGUAUGCAGCUAGAUGUUUCCUGAACAAAAAGGCUAAAACAGCAGUUCUAAGCAAUUAACACCCGUAAGCAUGCGAUCAGAAUGCAACAACCAGCAUUCAGCAGUAUGGAUCUGUGCAAAAUUCUCUUGUUUGGAUGUUGAGAUCCAGUGCUGCUUGUGAGUGGCUUCUAUUGCAUUGCCUCUUUUUUUUUCCCCCUCUCUUUGUGGGAUUACUGUAAAAGCUCUCUACUCUACAGAGGUCAUCUUGAAUGGCAGAGACACUACAUUUGAUGUCCUCAUCCACUGGAUGGUUUAACGGGUAUUGGGUCCAAUCAGGGCACCAUUCAGAUAUUUUUUUUUUUUUCCCUGGAAUAGUCUCAGCUCUGAUGUUAUGUGAGUGUUCAUGCUCAUCACGCAUUCAUGAUUAAAAGUUUCAUUCAUGUUUAAUGUUCUUACUAUUGCAAGUUAGUUUUAGGCUUCGGUGUGGCCCCAAAAGCAUUUUUAAGCUGUGGAGAUCAUCAGGGAAAUGUAGUGUAAUGUAAUUUCAAGGCCAGUAUGCUCUACGGUGCUUGCGUUUUGUAUUCCUGGAGAAACGUAACAGUAGAUCCUGUAAUUCACUAAUAUAUUUAUCAAGGUUUGACUACUGGACAGGAGCACAGGAACUCUGUUUUCUGAGUCUACUUCCAUGUGAAUUUGUUAUUGGUUAUUGAAGCAUGGACGGGUUGGGGUGGGGAGGGCAAGGAAGGAGCUUUAUGGAUCAGUACUGAGUAGUGUAGGAUUGGAAUGAUUCCAUUGAUAUCCUUUUUCAGCAUGUCAUGGCUGUUUCCAGAAACAUAAAAUAAUACUGUUGUUUUUUUUUUUUCCUUUUUUUCCCAUAACAAAGCAUGUGCUUGUUCCUGCUUCAGGGAACUUUCAGUAGUUUGCAGUCUUCGUGUCAGUUGGACUAUCUUGAAAGCUGGUCAGAAGAGUUAUUGUGUCAUAGACAAGGUUGGUUUGCCUUUAAAACGAAGUCAUUUUUAUCGUUUGAAAUUCUCCUCUACAGGUAGCGAGGUGUUAGAUUUUUUUCACAUCCACUUACAAAUAGAUUUGAGUGUGGAGACUUCUCAUCAGUGGCACAAAGCUUCCAAAUUUCCCAACUUUACGUGCAACCAAAGAUGUGUGAGAGAGAUGGGGGAGUUAAAAUAAAUGGGUAAGGAAACAAAGGAAAGUCCACCCAUGUGUGGUGGUUGUCAUCGUGUUAAAAUGCCAAAGUUGAUUGUCAUAAAAUUGUGGAGAGAGGCAGAGUUUUGGUAUUUAGAACAGGGCCACCUCCUAAAUGCUGAAGUGUAUCACUUCCAGCGAUGCUCCUGGGAGCUGAGCACAGCAGUCAUAGCUGUGUCCUGAGGCUUUUCUAAGCUUUCCCCCCCCAGAUAUGAAUGCUUACACAUUGAAGGGACGAGGCAAUGAGAAAUAAAUAGUGGUCUUCUCUACCUUUGGAUGGAGUGAAGCUUUAUGUGUUCUGCACUGUCUUCUCUUGAGCAUGUCAGAAAGAGCUGCCAAGGUGAUUUGUGGCGCUCGGGUUAAAUUAGGGCAAUGAAUCCAAGGAUUUUUUCCCUCUUCCUGGGGCAGAACACCACCCCUCUCCAGUGGCGUGGGGCAGACUUAUCCAAACAGGUGAAACCAGAUGACUCUGUCGAACUUGGAUUUAAUUCUUUCUCAGCUUUUGGUUCUACCAUCCUGAUUCCAUGGACUGGCUGAGAAGUGCAGUAGCGUUUAGCUGUCAUGCUUUGCUUUCCUAGCCACGUAACUCGGUAACACUAAGACAAAUAGUUGUAGUUAGCAGUCAUUUUUGUAACCAGAUUUGUAUCACACGUAACGACACUGUCAAUCUUACUACAAGUAUGGAUGAUUAGAGGUGAGCCUCAGUUUUGCAGCGGAGAUCUGCUGAAGCACGUGUAAUGUAUAGCAAAAGUGACAUGUAGCAAAGGGUUAUGAUGAAGUUGGUGGAGGCACCCUGAACGUGCAGGGAAUGUUCUGAUGCAGCUGCUGCACCCUGAAGAUGGAUACUGACGCAUGCAUCUCUGUAGAGCUUUGAGGCAAGCAAAGAACAGAGCUGACAGGCAAUUUGCCUUGGAAAGAGAAGCUCCCCUUUCUCUUUCUGAUGCAUCUGGAGCAGUCCCAGAGCUGCCGCUCGGGGAAGAUGCAAAGCAAUGCAAUGCUCACUUUCCUUUGUGAGGGAAGCGCUGAAAUUGCCCCCCCGUGUUCCUACAAGUGGCAGGCAGUUGUGGACCCUAAAUAUUACUCCCACGUCCACUUUUCUACAUUGGAGUCUUAGCGUGGCUGGUGUGAAAUACCCGAACCUGGAGGAGCGCGGGUUGUGGGAUGAGCUGCGGUGCAGCCGUUGCUGCAGGUUUGGAAAGCACUGAAAUCCUUUGUGUUUGCUGUUUCCAUCUGGGCUUCGGUGUGUGAGGGCGGCUGGGUAUGGCUUACACACCUGACUGCAAAUGCAAUGUUGUAUUUGUCCCCUGUAUGUGAUUGCCUGCCUUUCAAAGCACGAUGCUGAGCAAAGCAACCUACAGCAGACGGCACCUGAUGGAUGAGUGAAGAGGCAAGGAGAUGUUUCGACCAAACUUUGAGGUGGAAGGGCAAAUAUUCAUGGUAGAAACAUCAUUUUGUCAUAUCAAAGAUGGUUUAAAAUGCGUGCAAAAGGACGCGACUUUGGACUUUUGUAAUUGAUAUUCUAUUGUAUUAUUAUUGUUUGUUUUUUUUUAGGUUAAAUUAAGAAUUGUUGCUAACAUGUUGAAACACGUUUUCUAAAGCAAAUACGUGCAAAUUAUAGAAAUUUAGGUUUCAUAGCGAGCUCAGCUAUGACUGAUCAACGUUGUCAUAUUAGAAUGUGUUGGCGGAGGAACUCGGUCAGUUUCCUCGCUCAGAAAGUUCAACCUCAAACCCAGAAUUUGCUUUAUGCCUUUUAAUACUGACUUGAAAUAUGGCAACUUGGUUUGUACAUGAAUAUUGCAGUAUUUUAUUUCCAUAUAUUAAAAAUAACAUUUCCACUCAGGAUAAUGACCGCAGUUUUCCUGGGAGGGAGUGGUAUGAUUGUCAUGACAAUGUCAUGUGAUGGUAGAAUUUCUUCAUUGACGAAUCUAUAGUAGUUGUGUAUACUUUAUUUACCCAUGUUUAUGUUCCUACCAAAAACUAAAAGGGUUUCUUUGUUGUUCAUCUCCCUACUGAGAUCUCGGUACCCCCGGUGCAGAAUUGGCUCUUGCAAACUGAAAUGCUCGGUGCUGUUUGUACCACAAGGGCCAUGCCUGGGGGGGUGUAUCCUUAACAAAAGGGGUUCCUGCGUGGUAUGAAGAGCACUGCAGGCACACGUGGUUUCUAACAGCCAGCUUCUAAUGGGUUGAGUUGGCCAUUGGAUGUUCACACGGUCUAAUACAACCUGUGCUUAGCAUAACGUGGAUACCAGUGUAAAAAAAAAAAAA